GGCCCAUGUGCAACAUUACGCAAAAUUGUUUCUCCCCCGCCCCCAUGUCGUUUAAUGUGAUUGGUGAAGUAGUUUGCUGUCAAAACAAGAAGGAAAUUGCGGUGUGUUAUGACAUAGAGAGAGGUACCGGUAAGUUGUCUUGUCUUUUUUUACAGUUACUUGUAGACUAGUCCAAAUAGCACCCGGUACAUUGGCAUUUGGCAAACUAGCGUAUCAUGAUGUCACCUAUUUAUAAAUAGCGCACGUACUAACUGGCUAGAGCAAGGUGAAUUGGCUAGCUAGCUAGGUAAUUUAGCAAGCUAAUCCUCGAACUCCAUGCCAUGAUUAUCUGUAGCUGCGAGUAGCUAGCUACGUAAGUCUUUUUUACAGAAUGGCGCUCUAUUUUUCAUCAAGCUAAUAGCAAUGCUACCCAUUUUUUAUCAUACCUAAAUUAGCUCAGAUUCCUGGGUGCAUGCAUGUUUAUCCAUAUUUUCACUAACGUGUAUUAUAGAACAGUUGAUCUACAUUUUUUGUGAGUGAUACCUUGUAUCUAACAUUUUACAUUGUGAGAAGGAUACAUAGCUACAAAGGAGCUACUGUAGACUGUUUGUGCUUAACGUUACAUCUAGCAACCGCUGUAAAUUGUGGCUAUACCUUAGCUUCGGGACGCAACUUCGUGAGUCUGUAGGGAAAUUCAUUAGGCUGACAAGCUAGGUAUACCUAUGUAACUACCAUGUAUAGAUGGUUCAAAUCAAAAUAAAAUAAAAUGUUGUUUGUCACAUGUGCGAAUACAACAGUGCUUACUUAGUUACGAGCCCUUUCCCAACGAUGCCGUUUUAGGGACUCCAAAUUGAAAUGUUAGUUUGACUGUUCUCCAAGUAAUUUUUUCAGUAACUGGUAGUGACACCAGCAACCCCAUCAGCGUGGCCAGGCAUGAGAGCUGAUAUCUGAGAAUUUAAACCACCAGCGCCACAAUGGAGGUCCCUGCCAUCAGUAACAACCUCAACCUUUCAUAUGGGUACUUGGAUCCCUCUGACACCCCUCCCACCAUGUCUAUUGACAAGCUCUUUCCAGCACUCCUGGAGUGUUUUGGGAUCAUCUUGUGUGGCUACAUUGCUGGGCGAGCAAACAUCAUCACAUCCACACAGGCCAAAGGAUUGGGGAACUUUGUUUCUAAGUUUGCCCUCCCAGCAUUGCUCUUUAAGAACAUGGUACUGUUGGACUUUGGGAAUGUCAUCUGGCCAUUUUUGUGGAGUAUUCUCAUCGCCAAGGUGUCUGUGUUUUUCAUUGUGUGUGUGAUUACACUAAUGGUUGCCAAUCCUGACACUCGCUUCAGCAAAGCUGGCCUAUUCUCCAUCUUUGCUACUCAAAGCAAUGACUUUGCUUUGGGAUACCCGAUUGUUGAGGCCUUGUACAAGAACACACACCCAGAGUACCUACAGUACAUUUACCUGGUGGCACCAGUGUCCCUCAUGCUUCUCAACCCCAUUGGGUUUGCCUUCUGUGAGAUCCAGAAGUGGAGGGACCAGAGAGACCGGCAGCAGAGCAAACUCAAGAUAGUGGGUGUGGUCAUCCUGCAGGUUCUGAAGAACCCCAUAGUCUUAAUGGUUGUUAUUGGCAUUAUCUUCCACUUCAUCCUGGAUCAGAAGAUCCCUGCUUUCAUGGAGCAGUUUGUGGACGGCCUGGCCAACUCUUUUGGAGGAGCCGCUCUGUUCUACUUGGGCCUAUCCAUGGUGGGCCAGUUGGGGAAGCUCACCAGGUCCACGGUUGUAGCCCUUAUCCUGCUCAUUACAGCAAAACUGUUGGUGAUGCCGUUGAUCUGUCGAGAGAUGGUGGAGCUGCUGGACGCUGACAACACCAGCUCUAGUCUCGAACACUCCAGCCUCUCCAACUAUGCCUUCCUCUAUGGAGUCUUCCCUACUGCCCCCAGUGUGGCCAUCUAUGCUGCUCAUUAUAACAUGGAGCUACAAGUUGUUACCUCAGGGAUGGUAAUAAGCACAUUUCUCUCAGCUCCCAUUAUGUAUGUUUCUGCAUGGUUGCUGACAAUACCAUGGAUGGACCCUAAGCCAUUGAUGGAUUCGCUGCAGAAUGUCAGCUUUAAUGUCAGCAUCAUCAGCUUAGUUGCACUGGCUUGGACAGUAACUGUCAUGUUCCUGAGUAAGAAAUUUAAGAGACUACCUCACAUGUUCACGGUCAAUCUGGUCUUGGCACAGAUUCUAGCUUGUGUUGGCAUGAUCUUGUGGAACUUUGUUGUGAGACAAGACAGCUUCAUUGGACACGUGUUGACAUUCACACUGUUGUACGGCUCACUGUACAGUACUUAUGUAUGGCCAGGUCUGAUAGCACUUUCCCUUGUGUUGAUGAAGAGAGGUGGUGAGCUAAAGGUUGCGCCAGGCUUCCUGGUGAUUGCAGGCUGGGGAGUCCCAGCCCUUGUGGCAGCAGUGCUCCUCAUGACUGGGGUGAGGAUGCCUGACACCAUCGAUUCAGCUUUCUUCUAUGGAAGACCCCAGGUCAUCUGCACCUCAGUUGUGCUUGCCUUCAGCAUAGUGCUGGGCGGGUGCUCUUUGGUGGGCCUCCGUCGAGGCACGUGGGACUCAAAGUACCAUGUCCUGGAGAGAGACUCUAUGCUAGGCACUACUGAGGAUCUGAGGCCCCAGAGUGGCCCAGAUACCCAAACUAUCCCAGACAUGUUUGAGCCAGCCGGAACCGGAAGCAUCAACAGAGAGUGCCAUAUGUGUGACUGUGCUCUGUCCCAGCCCAUGCCUGAUAUGAUUGUCAGCACAAACAUGAAUGACACACUUAUCAUCCAGCCAGGUCAGUGUGGGACUGGCUGUGAGUCCCCAGGCAGUCUACUGGCCCAGGAGCAGCAGAGGCAGGUGGCAGACAGACAAGUGGCCCGCCAUGUGCUCCUAUGCCUGCUACUGACCGUCAGCCUACUAGCUAACCUGUCCAGUUGCCUGUGGUGGCUCUUUAGUCGAGUCCCUGGCAGACUUUACUUAGAGCUGCAGUUCUUCUGUGCUGUGGUCAACUAUGGACAGAGCUUCAUCUCAUUCGGGAUUUUUGGGCUGGACAAACAUUUGAUAAUACUGCCAUUUAAAAAGAAGAUAUCCUGUCUGUGGCAUAGAAUGAAGCCAGAGGAGCAGCCUCAACUGGUUGUAUCUGAUGACAUCAUGAUGACCUGCACUCAAUUCAUCAGAUGCCACAAAGAGCAGUGUGUCCGGGACAUUGUCCAGAUGAACAGGUGUGGGGAGAGGACAGUGGUGGACACUUUUCUUGGCAGUGAGCUGGUGGAGUGGCUGUUGCAGGUGGGUCUGUCACAGGACAGAGGAGCGGCACUGCUCUACGGGGUCCGGCUGCAACAGGGUGGGGUGCUCCAGCACAUCACCCAGGAGUACGGCUUCCAAGAUGACGAGCUGCACUUCCGUUUCCCAGCGUAAGGUGGGCCCUGAGUAGGCCCAGUCUCAAGGGUUUUCCAGAGGCACAGAAUGAAAAAGGGAUCAGCUAUCUACCAGACCUGAAUCCAGGUCGCUACCUACCUAGCACUAGCAGUAUUGGUUGACUUGAAGAGUCUGCUGCUUUUUUAAAUGCUUGUAUUGUUUUGCACAUGGGUGUGUGCAGUCAUAACAAGCAUUGAGCACUUGUUAGUUUUCUUUUAAACUGACUAUUUUUUGUGAGUUUUUGUGUGGUACUGUAUGCAUAACGAGAUUUAACAGUUGUCAAAGAGGCAGAGAUAAUAAUGAUCGGCCCAAAUUACGGAUGUCAAAUAUCAUUAUCGUCUCAGACUAGCUGGUAUCCCCUUUAUGACACUCGUAUACCGUAAGGCUCUGAUUUAACAUGUUUUUAUUUAGUUUGGAUGACAAGAAUGGUAUUUGUCAGGUAUUGAAAACAUAUGUCUAAUGUUGCUGUGUAUUCUAAAUACCCUUCAUUUGGCCAUAAUUUAUAUGGCAGCUAGAUCUAUUUUUAAUACAUUUGAAUAAUGUAGAUCGAAUGGUGUCCAAAUUUAUGGAUGCAGAAUUUUAUCUUUGAUUGAACCUUGUUCCCCCAUGAUGAAAUUGAGGGGGGACAAAGGAUCUGUCUCCGUCCGUUUGUACGUUAUUAGUCACGUGAUAUCUCGGACACCAUUGGGCGAUUUUGACGAAACUUGGGUGAAUGAUGCGUCUUGCUAUAGAGACCCAGCAUUUACAAAAUUACACUGAUUGGCCCAAGGGCGCUAUAGUAAUCAACUGAAAACUUUGAACAAGCAUAUCUCCUGUCCCGUUUGAGCUACAGUCAUGACAUGUUGUACAUACAGUGCCUUCGGAAAGUAUUCAGACCCCUUGACUUUUUCCACAUUUUGUUAUGUUACGG